AUGAUUUUAAGAAGACUACAAAAGCCGUUAGCACCCUCCCGAUACAUGUACAUUUUUUCCCUAAUUAACGUGCUGAAAUCAGCAUCCAGUACCCUGACAAAACCCACAUAUGCCUACAUUCACAGUUACAAUCAUAUCAUAUCACAGCACCCCAAAAAAACAAAUAAACCAAUUUUAAGCAAUUGUUCGAACAAGAAAAAUUAUAAUGCUUUUGUAUGCAAAUCUUACAAGAAAUUUAAAAUGAAUAGAAAAUUCUCCAGUUCCAUAAAUAUGAAUAAGAAUAACGAAAAUGAAAAUGCUCUAAAAGAUAAUAACAUCUCUGGUUUUAAUAAAAAUACCAGUGAUGUUAAGAAUUUUGGGCAGUAUAAACAAAGCAGCAGGAGUUCUGCCUUCGGCAAACGAUACAGCUAUGGCAGUAAAAGCAGAAGCAAGGUAUAUUCCAGCAGUUACGUUGGUGGAGGUAUUGGUGGUAGUGGGGUACGAGGUGAUAGCGUCAUCGCAGAAGGACGCAGUAAGUACACCAGUAGCCACAUCUAUACGAGCAAUCACUCAAGUUAUCAUCCAAACCAGAUAAACAGAGAAGCGGCAAGAAAACAUGAAGAAGCCAGUUACGCCCUAAAAGAAGCGAAGUUAAAUACAAAUGCGAAUUAUAUAAAUUCGAGCAUGAAGGAAAACAGAGGAGGAGGGGGAGGCAGCGGCGGCUACCCCCUGAACAGUAAUGAGCCCAACAUACCACCUGUCAAUGAGAGCAGUAAAAUCAUACAACACAACACCAAAAUGAAUAGUUACAGUAAGGAUAAUGUGUUGCGCAAAGGCGUAAAGGACGAAGGUAUGUACAGCCGCAGUGGCUUAACCCCCAACAGCAGUGCCAACAACAAUGCCAACAACAGUGCCAACAACAGUGCCAACAAUGUGAAAAGCAACAUGGAUAAUGCCAAAAGCGGCAUUACUAACAACAGUGGAAACGCAUCGGGCGGUAUUUAUCAGGAGAAUAAUCAGGUGAAAAGUACGAGCUACAAAGACACAAAAAACAGCACAAGCCGAAGCGGAAAUAACAGGAACAACAGCAUGAGCGAGAGAAAAACAAACAUGGAACGCAUAACCAGCACGAGCGUAAGAGACAACGAACGAUAUAACCACCUACACGAGAACCGUGCCAGCAGCACCAGGUACAGUGCGAAGAAUUCCUUUAGCUUAAAUAAGAAAAAUAUCUCUACGUAUAACUCCAAUUUGAGCAGCGCCAACAAUGGCAACCUUAAAAAAGGUGGUGAAAGUGCAUCUUAUGAACAGAACAAUUUCAAGAGAGAAACAGCAGAUAAUGUAGUGAAUAGUAACGUCAACAUGGCAGAGGUAAAUAAAAACGUUGGGGUUGUCAUUGACCCCAAUAUGAACAUGAACAGCAUUGACAUGAGCAACAAACUGAGCACUAAAGAUUCUUACGCAAAAGGUGACGUUACCAACAAUGAUGCAAAUGUCGGUGCGAAUAUCGGAAAUAGCAGCCGAACUGGCAACACGCGGGGGGCCAAUGGUCGAAGCGGUAACGGGCGCAACAGCAACGGUCGGAGCUCCAAGGGUCAUAGAGGGGGCCGCAGAAGAAACAACAACUUGAGUUCAAAUAUUUCAGGCGUAAAUAAUGCAGGUGCGAAUUAUGCAGAUGCGAAUAAUGCUGGUGGGAAUAACGUUGGCGUAAAUAACCCUAGCGGAAGUACCCCCAGCGGAAACGGCGCCACCGGUCGAAGCGGUAAACGGGGAAGCAGACGAGGCGGCCAAAGGAACAGGAGAAGCAGCAACAACUCGGGUGCGUUCAAGUCCCUCAGCAUGAUGAAAAGCAAAGAUGAAAAAAUGAAUGAAAAUUUUGACAAUGCAAUGCCGGAAAAUGAGUACAUGCAGGAAAAUGCAAAUAAUUUGAGGGGCAUAACGGAGAAUCAGCCCACGCACGGCGACGGCAGCAGAAAUAACAAGAUGAUGUCCUAUGGCUCGAACGCUGCCAUGGGCGGAGGCCGCAUCAGCAACGUCGGAAUAAAUGGCGUGCAUAAUGUGCAGAAUGUGCAGAGCAUGCAAAGUAUGCAAAAUGUGCAAAGUGCUCAAAACAUGCAAAAUAUGGCAAACGUGCAAAAUAUGGCAAACGUGCAAAGCAUGGCAAACGUGCAAAACAUGGCAAACGUGCAAAACAUGGCAAACGUGCAAAACAUGGCAAACGUGCCAAGUAUGCACAGCGCAAAGAGCCCCGAACUCGGAAUGAAAAGCUCAGGGGAAAAUGAAAAGGCGAUCCCCGGGGCUAUGAUGAUUAAUGCGAGAAACAUGUCCUACGAUAAUAAGAGGAACAGCUACAUGAAUGACGCGAAUCAGACGAACCAGACGAACGCGCUAGACGCGAAGAAGAGCGAAUCGUACGCAAAUUACUCCUCCUCCAGUAGCUUGAAAACGAUGAGCCAAAUGAACACCAUGAAUAGCAUGAAUAGCGUGAACAGCGCUGGCAGCAUGAGCGGUAUAAAUAUCCCCAUGGAUGACCAGUACAGUGGAAUUAAGCAAAGCGGUAACGUGAGGAGCUCCACGUCCUUUGCAAACAUGGAGGCAGAUGCAUUUCUCUUUCAUGACUUCAACGAAUUUGUUACGUACAUGUAUAAGGAUGAAAACAUUUUGACCCUUUUCUACAUACGAAAGAAUUACCUGAAAGCAGAAUCGCGCGAAGAAUUUGCAACCGAAAAUGACAAAAUAAAAUAUUCCAUCAUAUGGUCCUUUCCUAAUGAUGAAAAGAUUACGGUUACCGGAACGCAUAGCACAAAGAAGUUAAGCAAAAAGGUAUGCGUGAAAAAAAUGUUACAAAAGUUAAAAAAUAUCUCCGUUUUAGAGAUAGACCAAAUGACCAAAUGGAUGAUAAACAGCUUAAAUGUGGUUUUGAAAGUGGAGCAUAAAAACAUGGAAACGCAAGUAAACAAUAAUAACAUGUAUUGCACCAGCUUAGAAUGGAAAAUCAACAAUAAAAUGUAUCACUCCAUGGGCAUACAUGAACAUGAGAAAAUUGCCGAAAUUAUUGCGACACAGAAUUUGUACAUGAUUCUGUAUGACGUCAAGGAUCAGUUGGUUAAAGAAAUGGAGAGUGGCAAAAUGGCUAGCCAGCACGGCGCCGCAUGUGGCAUGAAUAGCGGCAAGGCACACGAAAACAGCCUCUUCGAUAAAAUGAUGAAUAACAGUAAUAACAAAGGUUACGAUGAUCAGGUUGCCAAUAAAAUGGGAGGAAAAUACGACUGUGGAAAAGGACAAAUGAUGCAAAACAAAAAUAUGAUGGAUGCUGCAGGUCCUUACAAAAAUGAAAACCCCUCGAAUAAUAAUUUCAAUGCACAAGGCAUGAAUAAUUGCAACACGUUUUACAAUCCGAAUGAUGGGAUGCUGCACCCGCAGGGUGGUGAUAAUCCAAUGAUGCACUCCAUGCAACAAGGCGCAGCUGCCAUGGGAGGUAAUGUAGGCGGUUUGGGCAAUAUGAACCCUUCCGCCAGAGGUACAAACAGCAUGGACUUAGCAAAUGCAGGUCAAAUUGCAGGAAACAACAACCUCAACAUGAACCUUAUGAACUACCCAAAUGGAAACAACAUGAACGGCAUGCCCAUUAUGAACGAUAAGAAUAUCGGACCAGGCGUAGGAGCAGACCACAUGAACGGGCUGAAUAACCCCGGAAUGGUAGCUCAACCACCAGUCAUAACAGACCCUACAGAACUGAUCGCCUACAAUUUAACGAAACAGGAUUCGGGGAGCAUCCAAAUGUUAAGGAACAACAUUGCCUCCAGGUACAAAGUGCAACAAACGGAGAACUUCGAGCAGGUGUAUAAUUUGUUCAAGUGUACGCUCCAGUGGGAGUGGAAAAAUGGAAAGAUAGCGUGCAAAACUAAAAGUGUCGGUUAUGGUACCACCAAAAAUUUGGCCAAAUGCGAAGCAGCCUACGAUAUGCUAGUAAAAAAUAACCUCAUAGAGUAUAUAUCCUCCACGGAUAGGAAAAACGCCCAUUAUAUAAAAGAUUUAAUACAGAAGGAUGUGAACAAAGCUAUGAAGCUAGCUAUUCAGUUUAUCAUGCAGUAUAGCAGUAACGCGUGGUCGAUCUUUUUAGUUAACCUUUUGAGGGAGUUGCUCAUAGAUGGUAAUUACGACCACAUCGAUAGGCUUCUCACCACAGUAGUGGAAGUUAGUAAAGAGGGAAGAAUCGAGGCCGAUAAAAUCAACGAAAGUAACAAUGCCAAUAACAAUGCUAAUGUGGCUGGUGCAAGUGGCACAAAUAUGGGCAAAAUGGAUGGCAAUCAAUCGCACCGAUUGAAUAGAAUAAACAGCAGCGGUCAGAACCACGGCAUGUACAGCAAUAAUGCAGAUGGAGAAAACUACGUAGACAGCUCAAGCAGCCUAUUCUUCUGCAACCCCUUUAUUAAGAACCGAAGUGACAAUAGCAAUUAUGUGCAUAAACUGGUAUCCAUAGAUUUAUGGGAAAAAUUAAUCGACGAGUGUGUCGUUAUUUUAAAUGACAAACUAUGCUUCCACUGCAUAACCCUCUUGAAGGAUGUAGAGCUGGAUUACUCCAUUUUCAUUUCCAAGUGUGCACAUGAUUAUUACAAGAGGUAUAGAAUUAUGUUAGCGUUAGAAUUUCAAGCCAAUUUGUCACAAAGUAUUCAAGAGAAAAGGGAUUUCGAAUAUCUGCAUGAAAAUAAAUCGUUACUGUUAAAGGUGAAGAGUGCCACUAUGCCCAUUUUGUCAUUCACCUGUACCUUAACGUUGGAAGAAAAGGAAUGGAUGAAGUCGACACAAAUGAGGGAAGACGAUAUUGUUCUACUAAAACCGUGUGACUUGAUGCUUACCGAUGAAGAUGCCUGGUCCAGCAGCCUCAUCGGUACUAUUACAAGUACAAAGAGUGACAACACCGUUUACAAUAUCAACGUGAGAAUAUUCUCUGCUGAAAAUACGAGAAAGGCAAAUGUGAAGUAUAGCAAGUAUAAGCUCUUCCUCCUAUUGAACAUUGUGACACAUGAAAGAAUGCUGCAAGCGCUAAGGGCUAUAACGUUUAUUAGUUCCAUCCCCACAACGAACCAAUCGCCCUACGUGUUCACCCCAGAAAUUCGCUUCCUCAUAUUGCAUUCCUAUAACAAAUAUUCAAAGCACAUUGCGCAGACGGGCAAAUUGAACCACGAAAUUGCAGAGUACGAAAAGAUCAAAAUGGAUUUCCACAAUAAUGAUUCGUCCAAAAAUAAUACGCAAGAAGAUUUACUGACCCAGUACAGUGGGCAAGCAAAGAACCCAUAUGGAGAUUUACUAAACGAUGCACUGAACAAACAAAUUGGAAAAACACACACAGAUGAUAUUGACCAGUAUCUAAUCGAAUCUAUCAAUUUGCCAACCAAUUUGCCGCUAAACGAUUCGCAAAAAUUGGCAUGCCUUAGUGCUCUCACCAGAAGAUUAACCCUUGUGCAAGGACCCCCCGGUACAGGAAAAACACACGUUGCUUGUGCGAUUAUUGACAGCUGGCACAGGCAAAAUAGUAACAAAAAGAUUCUUGCCGUGGCAGACUCCAACGUUGCAGCUAAUAACCUUGUCGAAGGACUCAAAAAGAGAAACAUCCAAGCAGUCAGAGUGGGAGCAGGAAGUGACAGCGAUUUCCACGAAGAAGCAAUCAUGGACUUCCACCGAUAUAAGGAUCUCCUAAAGUUAAGAAAAAACAAUUUACAAAAAGAAGCCAAAGUUAUGAAAGCCCUAUUAUUCCUCGAAGCGGUGAGAAAGUACAACGUCGUUAUAGCCACCUGUGUCGGUUCAGGACAUGAAAUUUUUGACAAUGAAAAAUUCGAAAGAGUCAUUAUUGACGAAUGUGCACAGUCCAUUGAGCCAUCGAAUCUAAUCCCGCUGGGACACAAUUGCACCAAUUUGGUCCUCAUCGGAGAUCACAAACAAUUACCACCAACUAUCAUUUCGUCGGACGCUACCAAAUUAGGUUUAGAUCGAUCUCUGCUGGAACGAUUUGUCAUGGCAAAAAUCGCCCCCGUUCAUUUGCUAACCACGCAAAGACGUAUGCAUCUAAGUAUUUGUACUUUUCCAAACAUCCAUUUUUAUGAGAACAAAUUGAAGACUGAAAAUGUCACCGAGGAAAAUCGACCAAUUAUUAAGGGAUUCCUGUGGCCAAACCCAAAGUGCAGAUUAGCAUUCAUAGAUGUGUCUCUGGGAAAACCAGGAAGCAAGUUUGAAAAUGCUUACGGUACUUCCAAGUUUAAUUUGUACGAAAUUGAGCCCCUAAUAUCUGUGCUAAAAUCGAUCGUAAAUGAGGGAUGCGUAUCCGUCGACGAAAUAGGUAUUUUAACAGCCUAUGAUGCGCAGAAAGUAAAGUUGAAGAAAGCGGUCCAAGAUGCGUUCCCCUAUGAGGCAGCAUGUCGAAUAGAAAUUGACUCCAUCGAUGGGUUCCAAGGAAAGGAAAAAGAUUUAAUUCUCUUCUCUGCGGUCAGAUCAAAUGCAAAUAACGAAUUAGGAUUUUUAAAAGAUGCCAGAAGAUUGAAUGUCAUGUUGACAAGAGCUAAAAGAGGAGUCAUCCUAUUUGGAGAUCAGUUCACCCUUGCUAAUGAUCCUGAAAAUUGGUUACCCUGGCUCAACUGGAUUUCAUCCAAAAGGGCAGUCGUACAUAUCACCAAAUUGAAUGAGCACCUAGAAAAUGCAGAUUAUUCUUUGAUAGAUAAACUGAACAAAAUAAACAAAACUGUUAAUUUGAAGAAUGUCAACGUAUCGGAUAAUUAUUUCUUAUACGGAAAUGACACCGGAUUUUCGAACGACUACAAUGAACCCCAGAACUAUAAUCAGAACGAAGAAACCAAUUUUACCGUCGGUUUGAAUGACGCCAAGGAGGAAGUAGAGCCAGUAGAAGAAAUUGUUGAAAACUGGGAAGAUUUACUCUGA